CCCAUUUCUGCUUCAACACCCACUUCCACACUUGCGCACCCACAAAACCAAUCAGUAUUCCGGAUUGAAGCUCCCUGCUGUAGACAAUUUGCCGGCCGGCAACGGUUUCUGUCGCUACUUCAUUCCCGACGAUCAUGAUCACACGCUCGUCGCGCUCAAAAUUCGAAGUACAACCGUAACCAUGUGUUCCUGAACUCGGGGCCGAAGGGGGACGAACUGGAGCUCAAAGUCGCUCCUGGCAAACCCCUCAGCUGUGUCUCUUCAAAAAAAGCACCUCCGCAGUCAUCCAUCACCAUUGGUCAAUAGCAAACGACUUCUUCCCCGCGGGCCGUUGCAAUGAAAAUCCUCGGAUACUUACAUAGAUGCACCUCGAGACUGCAGCAUAUGAUCACACCGGAGGCUUUAUCCGUCGUUGUGACCUCAGAGUUUAUCCACCGAGCAGCCGGGCUGAGCGACCUAUUUAAAAGUCGUGGUGGAUCGGCGGUGCGCAACCAUACGACCGCCCUCCUCAUUCAUCUCCUUCCCUAGUUGAAAUGUUCUCCGCUCUCCUCGCCCUGCUUUUCACCGCCUUGGUGGCGAACGUCAGUGCCGUCCCUGUGAACGGGACGACCGUCGAGGCGCGUUCCGGCACGGCACCCAGCGAGGGCACGAGCAACGGGUUCUUCUAUUCGUUCUGGACCGACGGAGGUGCCGCCGUAACCUACACCAACGGCGCCGCCGGCCAAUACAGCGUGACCUGGAGUGGGAACGGGAACUUUGUCGGUGGCAAGGGAUGGAACCCCGGCUCUGCUAGGGCAAUCAAGUACAGCGCGACGUACAAGCCCAACGGGAACAGCUACCUCUCAGUCUACGGAUGGACGACGAACCCGCUCAUUGAGUACUACAUCACAGAGAACUUCGGAACAUACAACCCCUCGACCGGCCUGUCCCAGGUCGGCACGGUCACUUCUGACGGCUCCAGCUACAAGAUCUACCGGACCCAGCGCGUCAAUGCGCCGUCCAUCUCCGGCACCGCGACCUUCGACCAGUUCUGGUCCGUUCGCGACAGCCACCGCUCGGCUGGAACGGUCACCACGGCGAAUCACUUCAACGCAUGGGCGUCUCACGGCAUGCACCUCGGCAGCAACUUCAACUACCAGAUCGUAGCAACCGAGGGUUACUUCAGCAAGGGCUCCUCGACUGUGACUGUGUCGUAAACAUCGGUCGUCGAAGGAUGUACUUAUUAGUCACUCAUUUAUAAACAAACCCGCAAUUGAUCCUAUGCAUUCGUGGAUUUCAUCUGGAGAUGACUUGUUCUCUAACUUGAAGUUGCAACAAACUCAAGCUGCAUCGCGCGAGCAUCCUCAUCACGUGCGGAUCUUCCGGACAUACAGCCACAACGGGUUUGCACGCUUGACUUGCUCUUGGCACUCGGAGAUCGGAGCACACUCGCGAAUCCGUCAGGGUAGUGUGCUCUUGAACUGUUAAGCCAGCCGUGGAGGAACCCAUCUGGGGCAAGAAUUCGAAAUGUCCGCUCCGUCCUCCUCGAUCACUUUCAAUGAAACUCUUCGGACCCAGAAACCUCCUGAAGCACGAGUGCGAUGACAUCCUCACCCCUGGGCCGGAAU